ACUUAAUAUCACUUAUAAUUAAUUAUUUUUCAUAAUUUUAUUUUUUUAUCGUAUUUGUUUGUUAUUUUACUAUUAUGUCAUCAUAUGAUAGAUUUAAUAUUCAUGCCCAGUUAGAGCAUCUUCAAAGUAAAUACCAGGGUACUGGUCACGUUGAUAACACCAAAUGGGAAUGGGUUUUAAAUAUUCAGAGAGAUACUUUAUCAUCGCAUUGUGGCCACUAUACAAGAUUGGCUUAUUUUUCAAUUGUAGAGAAUGAACCUGUAUUCAGGAUAAAACAUCGCUUUUUACAGAGUAUGGUUAAACCAGUAACAAAUGUAAAAGUUAAACCACCACUAGAUCAACAACUAAACCAUAAAUAAUCAUUAAUAAUCAUUAAUAAUCAAAUAAAUUCACUUUUAAACUUUAUAACCUAAGAUAAUCUUAUAACUAAAUUGUGUACAA